AUGGGCUCCCAAGGCGGUUUUGGGCAGUCCAAAGAGUUCCUCGAUCUCAUCAAAUCCAUCGGCGAGUCUCGAUCCAAGGCCGAGGAGGACCGCAUUGUGGUGCGCGAAAUCGAAACCUUGAAGUCCAGGUUGUCGGAUCCCAACACCCCGAAAUUCAAGCUGAAGGAGUAUUUAAUCCGCCUCCUCUAUGUCGAGAUGCUUGGCCAUGAUGCCUCUUUCGGAUACAUCCAUGCCGUCAAGAUGACGCACGAUGAUAAUCUGCUUCUGAAGAGGACCGGGUACCUGGCCGUGACUCUGUUCCUGAACGAGGAUCACGAUUUGAUUAUCUUGAUCGUGAACACGAUGCAGAAGGACUUGAAGAGCGAUAACUAUCUGGUUGUUUGUGCUGCCUUGAAUGCCGUGUGCCGAUUGAUCAAUGAGGAAACUAUCCCGGCGGUACUGCCGCAGGUUGUGGAGCUGUUGGGGCAUCAGAAGGAGACAGUGAGGAAGAAAGCUGUGAUGGCACUUCACCGUUUCUUUCAGAGGGCUCCUGGAUCGGUUUCUCAUCUCAUUUCCAAUUUCCGCAAGAGGCUUUGUGAUAACGAUCCUGGUGUUAUGGGUGCGACGCUUUGCCCACUGUUUGAUCUUAUUGCAAUUGAUGCGGACAAGUAUAAAGAUUUAGUUGUUAGUUUCGUUAACAUUCUUAAACAAGUAGCUGAACGGAGACUACCAAAAAGUUACGACUAUCAUCAAAUGCCUGCUCCUUUCAUUCAGAUCAAAUUGUUGAAAAUUCUGGCUCUACUAGGUAGUGGGGACAAAAAAGCCAGUGAACAAAUGUACACAAUUGUUGGAGACAUUAUGAGAAAAUGUGACUCAACAACGAAUAUAGGUAAUGCAAUUCUCUAUGAGAGUGUGUGCUGUGUUUCAUCCUUACACCCGAACCCUAAGUUGCUAGAAGCUGCUGCGGAUGCCAUUUCAAAAUUUCUGAAGAGCGACAGCCACAAUCUGAAAUAUCUUGGUAUUGAUGCUCUUAGUAGACUGAUAAAGGUAAGCCCAGAAAUAGCGGAACAGCAUCAACUGGCUGUCAUUGAUUGCUUAGAGGAUCCAGAUGACACCCUGAAGCGCAAAACAUUUGAAUUACUGUAUAAAAUGACCAAGUCAUCAAAUGUAGAAGUAAUUGUGGAUCGCAUGAUUGAAUACAUGAUAAGCAUAAGUGAUAAUCACUAUAAAACUGAAAUAGCGUCCAGAUGCGUCGAACUUGCAGAACAAUUUGCUCCAAGCAACCAAUGGUUUAUACAGACCAUGAAUAGAGUAUUUGAGCAUGCAGGGGACCUGGUAAAUGCCAAAGUUGCACAUAACUUGAUGCGAUUGAUUGCUGAGGGAUUUGGGGAAGAUGAUGAUACUGCAGAUAGUCAGCUUAGAUCAUCAGCUGUCGAGUCUUAUCUUCGAAUAAUGGGGGAGCCAAAACUUCCAUCUGCUUUCCUUCAAGUGAUAUGUUGGGUCUUGGGGGAAUAUGGGACUGCUGAUGGGAAGUAUUCUGCCUCAUAUAUCACUGGGAAGUUGUGUGAUGUGGCAGAUGCACAUCCAGAAGAUGAUACCGUUAAAGCGUAUGCAGUUUCAGCAAUUAUGAAGAUACAUUCAUUUGAAAUAGCUGCUGGGAGAACUGUGGACAUACUGUCUGAGUGCCAAUCAUUGAUUGAAGAUUUGCUAGCAUCUCAUUCAACUGACCUUCAGCAGCGUGCCUAUGAACUCCAAGCAAUUCUUAGUUUAGAUGCCCAUGCUGUUGAGAAAAUAAUGCCAAGGGAUUCCACUUGUGAUGACAUUGAGAUUGACAAGAAUCUCUCGUUUCUUGACACCUACGUCCAAAAGUCGCUCGAAAAUGGCGCCCAGCCAUAUAUCCCCGAGAGCGAGCGCCAAGGGAUGUCGAGCAUCAACAAUUUCAAGCUCCACGAAGAUCACGAGCCGUCCACGCACCAAGCCCUCAGGUUCGAGGCCUACGAGCUGCCCAAACCCUCAGUACCCUUAAAUUAUCCCCCUGUGCUGGCAUCCUCAUCCGACCUCGUCCCUGUCCCAAAGCUUACGUACUCCACAUCCCAACCAGCUGCAGCCACUCCGCACCUCUCAGAUGCUGGCCAAUUGGAGCUCAAGCUCCGGCUCGAUGGGGUCCAGAGGAAAUGGGGCCGCCCCUCGUACACCUCCUCCCCAUCCUCAUCCACUUCAAGCACGGAUAACAUAAGGAUUCAGAGUGAGAGCGACGCGGCUAUGGACAAUUCGAAUUCGAGGUCCCGUGAUUCUUCUUACAGCAAUAAUAACAAUUUGAAAAAGCAGCAAAAAGUUGAGAUUUCGUCCGAGAAGCAAAAGUUGGCAGCCUCACUCUUCGGCGGGGGGUCGAGGACAGAGUCGAGACGCCAGAAGUCUCUGAAUCAGGCUUCCACUUUGGAAAAGCCCCACUCGGCUGCUGCCAAAGCAUCCCAGCCACCGCCACCUGACUUGCUCGACUUGGGUGAGCUAUCUAUGGGUAGCGAUGGUGGGCCAUCUUUCGACCCUUUCAAGGAAUUGGAAGGUCUUCUCGACUUUUCCCAGGACACGACAAACACUUCAAGUGGUGGUGGCGGAGAUGGAGUUGGAGUUGAUUUGGAUGUGAGGCCAUCCUCCGAUGUUAUGUCUCUGUUUGCUGACAUGUCUGUGACGGGGGACGGUCUUGGUGUCCGGAAUAGUCUUGGAGGAGGGAGUAAUGUGGAGAAUACCAUACAGCAAAUCAAUAAGGGACCGAAUUUAAAGGAAGCACUGGAGAAGGAUGCCCUCGUGAGGCAGAUGGGGUUCACGCCAUCGGGCCAGAACCCGAGUUUGUUCAAGGACUUGCUCAGCUGA